AUGUCGUUUCCAGAUGUUCUCAGGCGGGGCGAUGACUUUCUCAAAGAGAUGCCCCGGUCGUCAACCUUUUGGAACUACGCUUCACAUGCAACCUGUUUGAUGAUGAUCUCAGGAACAAAGAUCGCUCUUAAUACUUUGUAUAAGCCAUACCUUCAUGGCGUAGAGAAGCUUGACGAGGCAUUGGAGCGCGCCCGCCGAGAAAAUAGGUCGCUUUUGACGGUGAUGAAUCAUAUGAGUGUAGUGGACGAUCCUACUUUCUACGCAGCUCUUCCGUGGCGAUUCCAUACCGAUAUUGAUACCAUAAGAUGGGGUUUUGGUGCACACAAUAUAUGCUUUUCCAACACGGCAUUAUCGUGGUUCUUCAAUUUGGGCAAAAUCUUGGGCACAAAACGGUUUGGAUUCGGUCCAUUUCAACCUUCACUCGACGCUGCUAUUCGAAUAAUGAGCCCCGAUGAUACUUUAGACUUGGAGUUUCUGCCGCUAGUAAAAGACGUUGAAAAACCUCUUCUAAUUCAGCGUGCUAGUUCGCCUUCAUGGAAAGAAUCAUCAGACCUUGUUGCUCACAAGAAAUCAGGAGCUAACAUCCUCAUGUCCCUGUCGCCAUUUAUCCGCAAAAAGACGUCGUGGUUCCACGUAUUUCCCGAGGGAUUCGUGCUACAGUUAGAAUUUCCUCACGAAAACUCAAUGCGUUACUUCAAAUGGGGUGUUUCUAGACUCAUUCUCGAGGCAACUGCAUCUCCAAUAGUUGUUCCAAUUUUCUCCUAUGGCUUCGAAAAAAUAGCACCAGAAGACUCAGCCGACAAGGGUAUCAACAGAUGGCUUCCCUCGAAUGUAGGAUCGGAGGUCCAUAUUCAUAUUGGCGACGCAUUGCCCGAUGAACAGAUCGAAGAAUACAGAGAACAAUGGCGCCGUCUAUGCGCCAAGUAUAUCGACCCCAAGCAUCCUGAAGACUUGAACGACGAGUUGCGUAAUGGAAGCAAAGUGCUCGAAUUGAGGUCUCGUAUUGCUGCCGAUUUGCGUGAAGCUGUAGCUGGUAUUCGCACCCAAGUGGGCAAGUUCCGUGAAGAAGACCCUCGUUUUAAGGAUCCAGAGUUUUGGAAACGCUACACUUUGACAGAAGGUGCUAGUGACCCGGAUGUCAAAUUCAUCGGUAAGAAUUGGGCUAUUAAACGGUUGCAGAAACAUUUGCCGGAAUUUAGCGAGGAUUGA